AGCUACAUUUUCAUCCUAAGCGAGUAAAAUAGUGAAUUUGGAUGAUAAACAAACUAAACCAACGUUUGGAUCGAUAUCUGCAUCGAUCUGCCCACCCUUGUCUCCUGGAUCGUAGCUGAGAUCAGCGUGAACCACGUGGGUCUCUGCUCCCUGAUCUGUUUCCUGUGUUUGGAAAGAGUUCCAGCUUGAUCACGGAGUUUCUCUCGGUUUGUGGGCUCAUCUAAAGCUGAUCAGCAGGAGGAGAAGAGUCUGACGGAGCAGCAGAGGAACAUUUUCAGCCAUCUGGACUCAGCUGAGUCACUACAGAGGAAACAAUGAGCUCAACACAGAAGGACCAACAUGGAGCGACAAGUCAGCGCUCUCAGGAGGCCGACAAACCUCACAGAAGAAAGAGAGAGAAACCAUACACCUGUGACGAGUGUGGGAAGGGUUUUACUGGUAAGGCUUCACUGAAACAGCAUCAGGUCAUCCACACUGGAGAGAGACCGUUCAGCUGUGACUUGUGUGGAAAGACUUUUUCCUGGAAGGAUUCCCUAAAAGCACACCAACUCAUCCACAGUGGAGUUAAAGCGUACAGCUGUGAUCAGUGUGGCAGAGCUUUUACUCACAGUAGCGGCUUACGGAGUCAUCUAGUGACCCACUCUGGAAUUAAGGCGUACAGCUGUGAUCAGUGUGGCAGAGCUUUUACUCACAGUGGCAGCUUUCAGAGGCAUCUAGUUACCCACUCUGGAAUUAAGGCAUACACCUGUGACGAGUGUGGGAAGGGUUUUACUGUGAAGGAGAAACUAAAACAGCAUCAGGUCAUCCACACUGGAGAGAGACCGUUCAGCUGUGACUUGUGUGGAAAGUCUUUUUCCUGGAAGCGUUCCCUAAAAACACACCAACUCAUCCACAGUGGAGUUAAAGCGUACAGCUGUGAUCAGUGUGGCAGAGCUUUUACUCACAGUAGCAGCUUACAGAAUCAUCUAGUUACCCACUCUGGAAUUAAGCCAUACAGCUGUGACAUUUGUGGAAAAACAUUCAACCUGAAAGAGAGCCAAAAUGCACACCUACGCAUUCACACCGGACAUGAUGUGUACUGCUGUGAUCAGUGUGGCAAACACUUUGCUAAAGAUACACACUUACAACAACACAUGUUUACCCACACUGAGGAGAGACCUUAUGAAUGUGACCUGUGUGAGAAGACUUUUAAAGCUCCACAUUACCUGAAAGAACACCAACAGCUCCACAUCAGAAAGAGACUCUACAAGUGCAGUUACUGUGAGAAGCAGAGCGACACAGAUGGAUCCAGUUCUCAACCCUGUUAUCACUGUGGGAAAGAGUUUCAUUGUGACCUUUGUGGAAAAACCUACGUUCGAAAACACUCCCUAAAAAUACAUCAACGUAGACACACUGUAGACGAACUGAAAUACUGCAAAGAAUGUGGGAGAAGCUUCACCGCAUCACGUAACUUAAAACAACAUGAACUCAUUCACAGUGGGGUUAAAAAGCAUGUCUGUGAUCAGUGUGGGUCAUCUUUCACCACUGUAAGUCACCUUAAAACACACAAACGAGCCCACACAGGAGAGAAACCAUACAAGUGCAGACACUGUGACAAAAGCUUCACAGUUUCAGGUAAUCGUAACAAGCAUGAACGUACACACAUGGAAGGAAACUACAGCUGUGACCAGUGUGACAAGAGCUUCAGGAAUCUCAGUUCAUACUCCAAACACGAACGAUCCCACGUUACUAAUAAACUGUUUCACUGUUACCAAUGUGCCAAAACAUUCACUAAAUUAUCUGCUCUGUGCAAACAUCAGCGUGAUCACUCAGGGCUGAAAUCACUCCCAUCACAGUGAAUCUGAAGAGACAGAAAGAUCCUCUGGUUUCAGUGUCAGAGUUAAAACCCUUGAGAUCAGGCUCCACAGAGUUCAGAGUGAAUCUCCUGUAAAGAUCUGAUGAGCAAUGUUCCCUCUAAUUUUUCAUGUGUCUGAGCGAACACACAAACUCCCUGAGCGAUCCCUUGGACCACUGUGAGCAACAGCAGACGUGUGCACUGUGGUCACGCCAGCAUCGAAUCCAUCCAAGUUACAUGGUUUAUUAAAAUAAUCAAAUUACAGCAUUUAUGUUAGACUACUUUUAAUUAACUGCUUUAGCCCACUUACAAUGAAAAUUAAAAAAAAAUCUUGUUCAUGACCUGUGUAGUAUGUUAACACUAUUGAAAGUAAAAAUAACUUGAACUCCAAUUUUGAAAACACAACUUUUGUUUUUCUUUUUUUUUUUCUUUUUCUUUUUCUUUUUUUUUUUAAAUAAAGCUCUGACUUCUAUUAUCACUAUGAGUCUGUGGUCUGGGAGAGAGUCCUGUAACUCUCUGUCUGCAAAAUACAGUAAAUAAUGACCAAUGUUGGGCAAUUAAUUAUAUAGUUCUUCAAAAAAGCAACUGAGUUAUGCAAACAAAGUUUUUUGCAGCCAUUUACCUAAAAUGCAGCCAAGGCAUUUUUUAAAAAUAAACAUUUCUAACUAUUUACAGAACAAUCAGGUGUUCUGCAUCAAAUCACUCACAUCUCAAAUCACCGCCGUCACUCUUAAAACUUCCCCCUUCCCAAACCACUAAGUGCGAUGUUGCCAUAUCAUUUUUUGAUUGGUCGAUAUGGUACAUUCUUUGACCAAUAGGAAAGGGUGUUUUGGUUUCGUCUUUGCUCACAAGUGGAGAGUGCUUUCGAGCAUUUUCCUUAUAAAAUGCAAUUUUUACUGUUUCUUCGCGCAGUAAAUAUAAUCAACGACAGUAUUCAGGAAGAAAAACAAACAUUGCAGAUAUUUUUAUCAUAACUCUGGUUUUAUGUGGCCUAUCAACACAAUUUAAAAACUGGUAUAAAGUCCACACUUUUUGCGUCAAUUGUUCCGUCUGUCCUGCUCACAUCUCCAAUGGUUGUACACGUUGUCAUUAACGUGGCUUCACUCUACAUCAGUCACACGGCGCAUAAGGACGCUGUCAUAGCCUGUCAACCACGUUGAUUAGCUGCGUAUAUGUGAAUGUGAAUCGCAUUAUUGGCUGGACUAUGGGAUAAGGUGGCAUCGUUCUAAUCCCAUACGGGAGCAGCCAGUCACUUACUGACUAACACUGCAAAACAGAAUUGUUAAAGUUUUAAUUUCAAUUCAGGUUAGAUUUUUUUUUCUGUGCACAGAGACCGUGCCAGCAGCUUAGAGGGAACAUUGCUGAUGAGGCAACUAUGAAUGAAAAUGGUUCCCUAGUUCCAUUUUAAGGUGUCGAAACUAAACUGUUCUACUUCAGUGUUCAUGUCGAGUGGUUUGCUUUGCUGCAGCAGUUGGAUGAAAAAAAUCUGUUUUCAUGUAAUCAAGUUUUUAUUGAAUAUAUUUUGAUCCAUGUGUUCUGAAGAUGUUAUUUUGUUCACUUUGUUUGUGUUAUGAAGUCUUGCAAAUGUUAAAUAAACAUUUAAAAUGCUAAACAAAG